UGUUUCAUUCCAGUUGGGUCUUUAUCUUCUGAGGAUCAUGAUUUUGACCCUACUGCUGAGAUGUUGGUCCAUGACUAUGAUGAUGAAAGAACCCUUGAAGAGGAGGAAAUGAUGGAUGAGGGAAAAAACUUCAGUUCUGAAAUUGAAGACUUAGAAAAGGAAGGAAACAUGCCUCUGGAAGAUUUACUGGCAUUCUAUGGCUAUGAAUCUACAAUUCCAGCUGUUGCAAAUUCUAGCGCAAAUAGCUCCCCAAGUGAACUUGCUGAUGAACUACCAGAUAUGACAUUGGACAAAGAAGAAAUAGCAAAAGACCUGUUAUCAGGUGAUGAUGAGGAAACUCAGUCUUCCGCAGAUGAUCUGACACCCUCUGUGACUUCCCAUGAAACACCAGAUUUCUUCCCUCGACCUUUACGAUCAAACACUAUAUGUGAUGGGGAUAAGGAAUCAGAGGUUGAAGAUGUUGAAACAGAUAGUGGUAACUCACCUGAAGAAUUGAGAAAGGAAAUAAUGAUAGGUUUACAGUACCAGGCAGAGAUUCCCCCAUACCUUGGAGAGUAUGAUGUUAAUGAGAAAGUGUAUGAAAAUGAAGACCAAUUACUUUGGCGUCCUGGUGUGGUUGUGGAGAGCAAAGUUAAAGAAUAUCUUGUUGAGGCCUCACUAAGAACUGGAAAUGGCAAAACGGAUCGGGCUUCUGCAGGAACAAUUACAAGAGACAACGAACAGGCAUUAUAUGAACUUCUCAAAUGUAACCAUAAUAUAAAGGAAGCGAUGGAAAGGUACUGCUGCAAUGGAAAGGCAUCUCAAGAAGGAAUGACUGCGUGGACAGAAGAAGAAUGCCGGAGUUUUGAACAUGCACUUAUGCUUUUUGGAAAAGAUUUUCAUCUUAUACAGAAGAAUAAGGUGAGAACUAGAACAGUGGCCGAAUGUGUAGCAUUCUACUAUAUGUGGAAGAAAUCUGAACGUUAUGAUUACUUUGCUCAACAGACAAGAUUUGGAAAGAAACGAUAUAACCAUCAUCCUGGAGUUACGGAUUAUAUGGAUCGUUUGGUAGAUGAAACAGAAGCUCUGGGUGGGACAGUAAAUUCUUCAGCCUUAACUUCUAACCGCCCAGAGCCUAUUCCUGAUCAACAGUUGAACAUUCUCAACUCUUUCACUGCCAGUGAUUUGACAGCUUUGACCAACAGUGUAGCAACAGCCUGCAACCCCGCUGAUGUGAAUUGCUUGGAUGAUAGCUUUCCUCCACUGGGUAACACGCCCCGUGGACAAGUCAAUCAUGUGCCUGUCGUAACAGAGGAGUUACUUACCUUGCCUAGCAAUGGGGAAAAUGAUUGUUUUAAUUUAUUUGAGACUGGAUUUUACCACUCAGAGCUAAACUCCAUGAACAUGUGCAGUGAAGAAUCAGAACGGCCAGCAAAGAGAUUAAAAAUGGGCAUUGCUGUUCCUGAAUCUUUUAUGAAUGAGGUCUCUGUAAAUAACUUGGGUGUGGACUUUGAGAAUCACACGCAUCACAUCACCAGUGCCAAAAUGGCUGUCUCUGUGGCUGACUUUGGCAGUCUGUCUACCAGCGAGACGAACGGCUUCAUUAGUGCCCAUGCUCUGCAUCAGCAUGCUGCCCUUCACUCUGAGUGACGUGCCUGACAGGCGCCCAGCAGUGGGCAUGUAGUUCCAGUAAACUUGAGGAAAGUCAGGUUUGCUUAGUCUUUCACUGGAAGUUUGAACCUCUUUCACUAUGACAUCAGUGAUGUCAGUAUGUAUAGAACUAUAUCUUGAUUUGUCAAGAGUAUUUUCAUUUUUCAAUCCAUAAAUGUGGAAAUGAACUAUGAUCAGCAGAGUUGGGAACUAAGAUUGAACUCUGUGGUGCAGCUUUAAGCUCUGCUUAUCUAUUCUUCCUCAUCCCCCAAUACCUCUUUCCCCAGUCCCUUCUUUUUCUAUUUUCUGUUCCCCCACUUCCCUCACUUCCCGUUUUGAAACCUGUAGACAGAGGCCACCAGCUCAAAACCAGCACAGAUGUUCUGAACUGAAUGAGUGGCUUCUUUUCAUGUAAGUUUCUUUUGCCGUAAUGGAUGCAGUGGAAUAACAAUGUUUACAGGUACCGAUCCCAGUCCCUGCUCUAUGUAGCAUUUUUGGGGUUUGUCUUCUUAAUUAAAAGCAGGGGUAGGUGUUUCUUUCAACUGCAUAAACAUGCAAGGUUUUUUCUUUUUUAAAUGGGAUCUUCUCUCAUGUUACUCAACUAGAGCACUUCAGUUCUUCAGUUUACAAAACAACAAGUCCAUCUUAAUGGAAGCCAGCACAAGGAACUGCGUGCAAGUCAUGAAGGCGCUGUCUUGGAUUCUGCUUCAAAAUUUGAGACCUGGGCUACCUUACACAGAAUGGGUCAUUUGACUAGGAGGAAGAUUUCUAUGUAACCUCGUUUAUUUAAAAAAAAAUUGGCAUCUGAAGAUACAUUCAGAUGGGGUUUUGUCCACCAUGUCAAGAUUGUCAUUGUGAAAACCUUACCAGUUGUUAAUAAUUUUGUUAAUCCUGAGAUGGUUGGCUUGCGGGCCACAAUCUACCGGGCCUACGGUGGCCUCUUAGUGACUGACGACAUCUCAGGACACCUCUUAAGUUAUUUGUAGCACUGCAGUUCAAAGUGUUGAUAUUUAGAAGAGCCUUCUAGAUUUUACAUAAUGCAGUAGAACCUUGAAGUAUAUUUAAACUUUUUAUUUAGCUUGAACAGUUGGCAAGAAAAAAAAAUGUGAGUUCUAUCUGAAAUAGAAUGGUAUGCCAUCACUUUUAAGUCUUAAAAAGUGAUAGAAAUUCAGAUACAUCUCAAAUAUACUUGGUUUUGCUUCUAUUGAAAACAUUGUGAAUGAGAAGCCAUUGUCAAGAUUGGCUGUUUUUGCUCAGUUGACAUGCAUCUAUAAGUUAUAAGGUGAACUCAAACAAGAUGAAUACAGUAUUAGAAUGUAGUAAGCUUUACUUUAUUUUUAGAGUUCAGUUAAAAUGAAUUUUACUUUUUAUCUUUUGCACCGUCUUAAUUAAAAAAUUUCAAUUUCUACUAGUUGUCUUGCUUUGCAAAAAGCUUAGAUGUUUGACUGCAUUGCUGAUAUUUGUAAGUAUAAGUUGCUUCAAGGUUGUGCUGAUGAGUAGGUAAGAUGUAGUAACCUUAGUGAUGGAAAGGGAGGGUAUUUAUUAUACAAACUGUGAACUGCAAUGUCAUCCUUAUGUUUGGAUGAUAUGUAUUCUUGUUUUUCUUUGCAGCAUUUUAAUGAAGAUAUUGCUUUUGAAGUGUUUACGCAAUAGCACAUUCACUAUAAAAUUUAGUUUAGCAUAGUGGACAAACUUAGUUAAAUUAAUAACUUAAAACCAGUCUCUAAUU